AUAUUAUCAUUUAUCACUAUGGCAAUUCUUAUCGUCGAGCGAUAUUACAUGAUCAUGAACUUACUCUUUGCUCUAACUUGUCUCCUCUUAAACUUAACUCAUUGCUUUAGCCCCAAGAAACUCAACAUUUCAGCCGCCACGACCAGUGAUGCUGAUUGGUCUAUCGCCGGAGCUACGUGGUAUGGCAGCCCCACCGGAUACGGAAGCGACGGUGGAGCUUGUGGUUAUGGAACUGCUGUUGCACAACCUCCGUUUUCGAGCAUGGUAUCAGCCGGAGGUGCGUCGUUGUUCAAGUCAGGGAAAGGGUGUGGCGCAUGUUACCAGAUAAAAUGCACUUCGAAAUCGGCAUGUUCGAAAAAACCGGUUACGGUAGUCAUCACAGAUGAAUGUCCUGGGUGCGUUACUGAGUCGGUCCAUUUCGAUUUGAGUGGUACAGCGUUUGGUGCCAUGGCGAUUUCUGGUGAAGAUAGUCAGCUUCGCAAUGCAGGAGUUUUGCAGAUUCUUUAUAGAAAAGUUGAGUGCAACUAUAUUGGCAAAACGGUGACGUUUCAAGUGGAUAAAGGUUCAAACGCUUACUACUUUGCGGCUUUAGUUGAGUAUGAAAACGGAGACGGCGAAAUUGGCCGAGUCGAACUCAAACAAGCUCUAGAUUCUGACAAGUGGCUGUCUAUGAGCCAAUUGUGGGGUGCCGUGUGGAAGCUCGACGUGUCGUCACCUUUGCGUGCCCCGCUGUCUCUCCGAGUGACUUCGCUGGACUCCGGCGAGACUGUUGUCGCUUCCGAUGUCAUUCCGGCAGGCUGGCAACCCGGUUCGAUAUACAAAUCGAACGUCAACUUUCAAGUUUAGCUAGAACUAAAUUAGUUCUAUAGUA